UAGAAAAAAAGGAAAAAUGCGACAAACCAACAGCUUAUAUACAAAUCGUCAUGGUCAGCGCCCCCUACCGCCUGUUCCAGAAAUUAUUUUAACAGCUGAAAAUGACAAUCAGAGCGAUGACAACAACAGUAACAAUUACAAUACAAACACGAAUCCUGGAACAAACACUAGCGAAUUGAAUAAAAUGGAUGCAGAGAAACAAGAAGCGAAAAAUUUGCAAAUGGAGUUCGAAUGGGUGCUCAAAGAAGAGGUGCAUCAGCUAUUAAAGAAAUUGAAAGUUGUUUUAAUAGAAUGUGCUCAUCGAUUUCCUGUACCUUUGUACGAAAAUGAAGGUAAAAAGACUGAAAAAUUUAUACUUUCUGUAUCUCCACCUGAACAAUUAAAAGCCAUUUUGACUCUAACCGGUGAUACAAUUACGCAGGCAGAUAUUAGUUUUAAAUUAUCCAAGCCGCCAUACCAGAUACAACGUACUUCAAUUACGCAAGACUCGCCGUGGAAGUUGCAACAAGUGCAAGAUGCUGCUAAUCAUUUACAACAGGCUAUUAAUCAUAUUGAUGACGUUGAUGAUUCAUAUCAUUUCAAAAGAACAUCAGACGAAGUUUUACACGUGAUUGGUAAUAUAUUGGAAGCUUUACAGCGAGGUCGUCUGAGCUUGAUUAUACCUAAAAAGAAACCCAUUGAUGAACUUAUUAAAGGUCGUAACAUGAAAUGUCUUGCGCCAAAUUUAUCCGAAGACUUGGCCGUCAGUUUUUAUUUACAGAGUCACAAGCUCAUUAUUGCUGUUUACCAAUUGACUAACAUACAAGGAACUAUGCGUUUCGAUUCGUGUCAAGCUGAAGCGUCCGUUAAUUGGCUUAACGAAGUGUUAUUAUUUUUAACUGCCGGUUUACAAUUAUGUCAACAAUUAAAAGAUAAAAUAUCGGUCUUCUCACUUUAUAAAGAUUUUACAGUUGGUUCCCGCUCUUCUUCUGCUCUCUCCUACUGACCCGAAAAGACCAGCUGCCCUCAGGAAUUAUACAAAAUUAGGUUGUACGUGUGCUUAGAAAAGUAAAUAAAUCGGUACGAGUGUUUUCGGUGGUUUAGUUUUUUAUACGUCAGUGUAUUUUUUAUUGGGAAAACGUUUUUUUCGUUUUUUAAAUGUGUAAUGAAGAAAAAAAAAAAUUAAAAAAAAUUAAAUAUGUAUUAUUAUAUAU